CUCCACGAUGGUGCUAGCUGUGGCCCUCAGGUUUACAAUCCAGACAUCAAGAUCUGCUGUGCCGGGCAGCUGUCCAAUAGGGCGCUUGGAAAAAACCUGGUGAGUCCAUUAGCCCACAGAGCUUAGGCCUACAGCUUAGCUCAUUGAACCCCCUCCGUUACAUUAAAAUGAGUUCUCAUCUCAGUCAAAUUGAAGUAAAACAUUUAAAUCAUCCAUCUGCUUGUUGAGUAAUUGUUGGUCAAAGCAUAAAGACAAUGCUAUACACUACAGGGAUGUAUCUGUGUAUUUGUACAUUUUUAAAUGGUCAAAAUAACUAAAAGCGGCAUUGUAAGACAAGGCUGAAACUAUAUGUUUUCCACAGACCCAUUUCAGUUCCCUCAGAAAGUUUUGACAGGGCCCCAUUGGCAGUGGGUCUCCUAUGCUCAAAGCCAAUGUUCUAGACUGCUGCUUGAUCUAAAAGUGUAUCAGGGAGAAAUUCUGCCAGUAACAAUGACUAUUUGUAGUGGUGUUUGCUUUAUUUGGGCUAUAUGCUGUACACUGUCAGUUUUGGCUGCACAGUUAGUUCUGUAAGCCCCACCCGGCAACCUGUUAGAGUAGAGCGGUUUUUCUUCUGUGUGAGUGUGUGUCAGACGACGGAUAACGAGAGCUCUCUUUGGGUCUCUUUUCUAUCGCUUGGCACUCUGUCGGUAGAGGAUGUGUGCAAAGGUCCCCUGGUAAGAAAGAUAGUCAGACAUCCAGUGGACUUUUAUGAUUGUGUGAAUUUAGGGUAUGAACAUGCUACGGUGUGUGUGCAUGAAAUUGUCAGUAUUCAUGUCUGUAUGUGUGUCUGUUAUUCAUGUUGGGUGUGUGUUGAUACCCUGCUGACUGGUGUCUCUCUCUCCCAGUGCUGCGGUAAAACUCCCUAUGGUGUAGUGGACCGAGGGGUGCUGUGCUGUAACCAGACCUUGCACCGUGGGGUGGAGGAUGGGCACCGGUGCUCCCCAGGUGGCCACUUGUAUCUGCCAUCCCGUGAAAUGGUGUGUGGGUUACGUGUUCAUCUCGAUGAUCCAGACAAACACUGCUGUGGAGAGGAGACAUACGACCCUCAGAAUGAAAUCUGCUGCAACGGACUCAAGUGAGUUGCUCUGUAGAGUGGAAACUGUUAAGGUUGUACAGAUGUAGGAUCUUAAUUUGAGCCAGUUUGCUACAGCAGGAAAAUAAUCCUGCAGCAACAGGAAAUGUGAAUUACUGUAUUAUGUGGAUUAUAAAUAAUGGACAUUUUUGUAAGGGUUGAUACAUUUUUCAUAAGGGAGAAUCCAGUCAGAAAUUUCAAAGUGGAAAUUUUAAACCUAAAAUACACUGCAAGUUUUACAUUUCCUGCAUUGCAGGAAUAUUAUCCUGCAACAGGGUGAUCAAAUUAAGAUCCUAAAUCUGUUGUUGAACCUAUUAUCCCAAAGACAUGGGAUCCUUACCGUCUUCAAGCACAGUUCAUAGUGCCUAAGGGCUAACGAUUAGCAGACUGUAUCCAGCCUCCCACUCUGCUGUAUCCAGCCUCCCUGUCUACAUGUUGAUGCAAUGUCUUGAAAUGUAUGUGUGUGCGUGCAGGUGUGUGCACUCAUGCAUGCGUGUUUGCACUAUAACAAACUGAGAAAUUAUUUCCCCACUGUCUUGGCCUGGGUCAGCAUCUUUGUACUGUAUGUGUCUGUCUGAGAGACGUGGAUGCAAGUGGGAUAGAAAAUAUCCCAACAUUCCCACUACCUCAGAUGUGAGACAAUUCUGUGGGAGGCCAGGGCUCAAUGGAAUGCACCAUGUCUCUAGAGAGACAAACAGACUACUGUACGUUAGCCUUCCAGACGUCUUUGAAAAGGGUGUCUUCCACUGCAGCUGACGGUCUAAAGUUCUCCUGCUGUAUAGUCUUGUGUGACUUGUGCUUGACCUCAGUGUUUAGGAGGAAGUUAAGGAGGAAUCAGAUUGAUUCUUGUUUGGGAUUUUAUGAAUGUUACUAAAGUAUUUUCAAAGUAAAUGUUGUUCAUUAUUGACUGAAAUCUGUUUAUGGGAAUACAGAAAAAUGUACCAUAUCUGAGGGCAUACCUGCCACAGACGGGAAAGAAAAAAGCACUUGAAUCUACUUAUGUGUUUUGGCAGCGGAUUCACAUGCUGAUCUAAAUUCUAGAGACCAUGUGGAAACAUGUGGUUGAACACAUCAUUAACAAACAAUUCUCCAUUCUUCAAACUGUGGGUUGUAACCCCUAGUGCUGUUCCCAGGAAGUUGCAUGGCAGUCUGAAUUUACACCGAUGCCAUUACUCAAUACUUUGGCCAUGAAACAAGUGUGACAUCCGUGAAAACAGUGCUGUUGUGAGUGACGCACUUGAAUCUAUUUUUGUUUUGACCCUGUGACUGAAUCCCAAAUCACUCCCUUCCCCUCGCCGACCACUUUGUGCAUUCACACGCGUCUCCUCCAUAUGCACAAGUGUCUCAAAGCUGAGGGAGUGAACAUUAUUGAGGGUGUAGGGGAUAAUUAGACCCUCCGAUAACCACUUAGACUGUUUUGGAGUUUGCACAAUUUCAUUCAAACGAAUGAAAAGGCGUUUCUAAUUAUGAGCCACGUGUAUUUUGUUUGUCUCUGAUUUUGAGGUAUGACGCAUAACAAAAUAAAUACAUCCAAAAAUAAAUAUUUAACUGUUACUUAGGUUUAUAUAUUGUAAAACAAAUUUUCAUGAUUGUUUUAUUAUUUCAAAUGUGGAACAGGAAUUGCAUCAUUCAAGUAAUGAGUAUGUUCUGAAGCUGAUGGGACAAUGGAGAGCCCUCCAAGAAGGUUGGUAGGGGCAAGGGGCUGUUUUGGGAUUCACUGAAUGAUGUACAGCGGCUUCAAGACACUGACCUAAAGUAAAUGUUUGAAUACACUGCCCUUAUAAAAAAAUUGGAUAUAAAAAAAUUGAUUUUGCUGAUGGUUUCUCUUAAUGUCCAGUUGCGGCAUGUGGUUAAAAAUCACUGGGGAAGCCAAUACUAGAAAAAAAUGACAUAUACAUCCUAUGUGUUGUGAUAAUUUCGUUGUUUGCUCUAUAACCUGUUAGUUCACAUGCCUUGUGACCGUGAUUUACAGUUGAAGUCGGAAAUUUACAUACACCUUAACCAAAUACAUUUAAACUCAGUUUUUCACAAUUCCUGUAAUUUAAUCCUAGUAAAAAUUCCCUGUCUUAGGUCAGUUAGGAUCACCACUUUAUUUUAAGAAUGUGAAAUGUCAGAAUAAUAGUAGAGAGAGUGAUUUAUUUCAGCAUUUAUUUAUUUCAUCACAUUCCCAGUGGGUCAGAAGUUUACAUACACUCAAUUAGUAUUUGGUAGCAUUGCCUUUAAAUUGUUUAACUAGCGUCAAACGUUUCGGGUAGCCUUCUACAAGCUUCCCACAAUAAGUUGGGUGAAUUUUGUCCCAUUCCUCAUGACAGAGCUGGUGUAACUGAGUCAGGUUUGUAGGCCUCCUUGCUCACACACGCUUUUUCAGUUCUGCCCACAAAUGUGCUAUAGGAUUGAGGUCAGGGCUUUGUGAUGGCCACUCCAAUACCUUGACUUUGUUGUCCUUAAGCCAUUUUGCCACAACUUUGGAAGUAUGCUUGGGGUCAUUGUCCAUUUGGAAGACCCAUUUGCGACCAAGCUUUAACUUCCUGACUGAUGUCUUGAGAUGUUGCUUCAAUAUAUCCACAUAAUUUUCCUUCCUCAUGAUGCCUUCUAUUUUGUGAAGUGCACCAGUUCCUCCUGCAGCAAAGCACCCCCACAGCAUGAUGCUACUACCUCCAAACAUAUCGAUGGUCAUUAUGGUCAAACAGUUCUAUUUUUGUUUCAUCAGACCAGAGGACAUUUCUCCAAAAAGUACGAUCUUUGUCCCCAUGUGCAGUUGCAAACUGUAGUCUGGCUUUCUUAUGGUGGUUUUGGAGCAGUGGCUUCUUCCUUGCUGAGCGGCCUUUCAGGUUAUGUCGAUACAGGACUCGUUUUACUGUGGAUAUAGAUACUUUUGUACGUGUUUCCUCCAGCAUCUUCACAAGGUCCUUUGCUGUUGUUCUGGGAUUGAUUUGUACUUUUUGCACCAAAGUACAUUCAUCUCUAGGAGACAGAAAGUGUCUCCUUCCUGAGCGGUAUGACGGCUGCGUGGUCCCAUGGUGUUUAUACUUGCGUACUAUUGUUUGUACAGAUGAAUGUGGUACUUUCAUGGUCAAGCAAGUUAAUGUUUCUGACAUUUUCCGACUACUAAACAGUUAUUGAUUUAGAACCACAGAGAGUUACCGCAAGUCGCAAAGAAAACGGGAGCCGUUUCCAUUCUUCCAGCACCAUUUCAGCAUCAUCAUAUCACCUAUGCUUAGUCUAAUACAGUGACAUAUAAAAUAUAACAAAAACAAUUGAGUCCAAUCAACAUAAGCUAAAUAUGAUGUGGCUGUCCAUGGUUCUGAUGUGUGUGUGUGCAUGCGCACAAGUAGAAAAAAAUAUGUUGACUCACCCUACUUGUAGAGAAACACCAUUGCCAUCUUCCUCUCUUUCAUGGUAUAUGACUGUCAUAGAGUACACUAUUUUUUGUUGUCGUAGGCUACCUGGCUAAAAUGCAUGCUUGCUAGCCUAACUUCAUUUCAUGGGCAACGUUUGCUAGUUAACAUUAGCCAUCUAGCUACAUAUUGAACUUCUAUCCUCUCAGUCAAGGUGCACAAUGUAUGAAUUUAUGGUUGAAUCAGAAUCGCGGUUAUAAUGAUUGGCCAGUACGGAGAAUUAAGUAAAACCACAAGUCCAAAUUUAGGAAAGUGACAAUUGUCGCUACGUAGCUAGCCACCGGAUAACAACAACACAACAAGUUGCAACAAUUCAAGUUGUUUCUGUCAAUUACGUAUUUCUCUUGAUGCAAUGUGAUAGGAGUGAAGCCAAAUCCAAACUGGCUUCACUUGACACUGUUUCUGGUUAAAUACAUUCAUCCUCUUGCGAAUUGAAGGACAAAUAUGAAAACACAGAGUGACUAUAUGUUUUUUUCUUUAUAAAUUUUUUGGGGAAGCCUGGCUUCCCUUGGCAUCCAUGAAUACACGUCACUGAUCAUCUCUCUUCAUUGCUCAAUCUGUUGAUUCAAGGAAUCAAUGGGCUAAAACUCAUAAUUCUUAUAGCUAGAACUCUCCAGAUUCCAUUUCCUUGAGUGCUUUCAUUGAAAUAGAAUGGAUAAAAUCCAAUCAAUUAUAAACAAUCAUCAUUACAUUUGGCUCUGAGUUCACCCAACAUGACAGCACAAUAGGCACCAAAAUCUGAGAGAUGAUAUGGGAUAUUUUGGUAAUGGGAGGUCAAAUAUUUUUCACUGCACAGACACAGCAGGAGGGGGAACAUGUCCUGCUGUGGAGGGAAGGCUUAUGAUCCCAGCGGUGGCAAGGUGAAGUGCUGUGCAGGGACUCUGUACAACCUGCAGGUCUCAGAGGAGAGCCAUUGCUGUGGGAGUGUCCUGAUGGAGGCCGGCUCCACCCAGACCUGCUGCUCUGCCCCAGGGCUAGACCUGCUCUACCCUACCCAGCCAGGGUUCACCUGCUGUGGGCACCGCUACCCCAACUCCUCCCUGUGGUCUUGCUGCGCGGGGGUCCUGCACCCAAGGCCUGAACCACACACCACCAGCAAGAACAUGAUUCCAGGUCAGUGGGAACAGGAUAUAAACCAAACACGAUUCCCAUUUUUCAUCGAUCCAUGAUUUAUGUCACAGUUUGAGUUGCGUCUGUUUAUCUCUGGAGGGUCUCCGAAAGACCAACCUACAGGCCAGACGAGUGAUAUGAAGAUUCUAUAUGUAGUUCAUAUAAAAUAAAGGGGGUGUCUUUUGAUGGGUCCCUGCUUGGAGUCUGUCUCUGUCUUAGCCCAUUUGAUUAGACUGUUUUUCAUUAUCCUCAGGACCUAGGCUUCUACCACUGGAGGAUUUGAAGACGGAAGAUCUGUGUCACACCAGAGGUAAGGCCUCCAGUUUGAAGCACAGGAUGAAAGGAAACAUGACUCAAUAAUUUGAUUCAUUGAUGUACAGUAGCUUCACAACGCUGAUCUAAAGUGUGUGUGUGUGUGUCCAGUUCUGCUAGGGACAGUGGAAAGUGUGUCUGUGAAGAUGAACGAGCGGUCCAUCGUGAUGGUGAACACCAUGUCCAUGCAGGCCUCGCGUGGCCAUGUCAGCGCCCUGCCUUCCCCUCUCUACCUCACAUUACCCGACCACUGCAGCUCCCCUGAACUGGUGCCGGGCAACACUUAUUUCUGGAUGACAAUUAAUAUCUCAGACACCAUAAGAUUCAUUUCUGAUCUCAGCGAUCAUUCCUCCCCUCUCCAUUCCAUCCUUUCCUGGUGCUCAAAA